UUAGGUCUAAAGAUGCAGUGGACCCCAGAGCACACACAAUGGGCAGAGCAGCACUUUGACAUCUCAUCCACUACCCGCUCGCCGGCGCACAAAGUCGAGGCCUACCGGGGGCACUUACAGCGGACGUACCAGUAUGCGUGGGCAAACGAUGAUAUCUCCGCGCUGACUGCCUCCAAUCUGCUGAAGAAGUACGCCGAAAAGUACUCUGGGAUCCUGGAAGGCCCAAAUGAAAGAGCCCUUCUCUGUUCCUACACCGAAGGCACGACCGGACUCUUGAACGGACGCAAGUCGGAGAAUGAGCCCUGGCAGGAGGGGAUUUACCCCAUGAACUGUGCUCCAGAUGUUAUAUCUGUGAGCAAAGCCGGAAUGACAGCUGCCCUACCCCCUACGGAUGCGUCAGCUAGCAUCGGCAGCUCCCCGGGGGCGCCGAGCAGCUUGUCAGAGCCCAGCUAUUCCGGCAGUAACUGCGGGAGCCACACGGCCACGACUCUCCACUCUGGCCUUUCCUCUCAGGAAUACAGCGCAAACUACAACGGCUCCUACCUGCAUUCUAGCUACAGCGGUCAGACCACCCCGGCCCUCCCUUCCCCGCACCCGUCCCCCUUGCACAGCGCUGGGCUCUUACAGCCUCCUCCCCCCAGCUUAGUACCGAGCUACAAUGGCGGGUCUCCAAACCUUCCCAGCUACAAUUAUCCUCCGACAGGGUACGCCUCUCAGACGGCUGUCGGCCCUGGUUACAGCCCUGGGGGAGCGCCCCCUCCUUCUGCUUAUCUGCCUUCUGGUAUCGCAGCCCCCACACCGAUCCCUCCCUCCACACUGCCUGGCUACACCUACCAGUCCCACAAUCACACUUUGAACGGGAGCGCAUCCAACUCGUUAAAACGAAAGGCUUUCUACAUGAGCGGACACGGGGAAGUGGACUCUAGCUACGCGGAAUUCAACUACAACCAGCGCUCCUCUCACAGUCCCAUGUACAGACUAGCCGACAGCAGUGUCUCCGACUCGACCAGGGGCAACGGCUUUGACAGAAAUGCCGAGGCCUCCUCUUUAGCUUUCAAGACCACCAAACAGACAAUACCUUCUGAUCAGCAAAGAAAAUUCAGCAUACACUCAAGCGGGGCGCUAACUCCCCCGUCCUUCGGAUCGACCAAAAGCUCUGUGGAUGAGACCUACAGUAAGUUCGGAUCCCGCAUUUUGAGCGAACAAAGCGAAGAGCACAGACAGCACCUGCCUCAUUCCCUAACAGGGCCUGAUAUCGCUACGCCUACCUCGUCCAUCCAUGCUGCUGAGGAACAACUCAAGAACAGUGAUCCCAACCUGGUGGACAUGGUGACGACAGAAAUCCUUCAGCAGUGCCCUCCAAUGGACUGGAGUGACAUUGCCGGACUGGAUAUGGCCAAAGCGGCCAUCAAGGAAGAGAUAUUGUGGCCCAUUUUAAGGCCGGACAUGUUCAGUGGACUUCACACAUUACCUCGUAACCUUCUUUUAUUUGGACCUCAGGGAUCGGGUAGAACGCUGUUGGCUCGCUGCAUGGCCAGCCAGCUGGGGGCCGCCUUCUUGCGGCUCAGCAGCUCGGCUCUGGUGACCAAGUGGUUGGUGGAGGGGGACAAAAUCCUCCAGGCUUCUUUCCUCCUGGCCCGCUGUCGCCAGCCGGCGGUCGUGUUCAUCAGCGAGGUGGACCUCCUCCUGUCGGCCCAGCUCAGCGAGGACAGCCCAGUGAGUCGACUGAAGGCCGAGCUACUCAUGCAACUUGAUAGUAUUUUGUCCUCUGCUGAGGACCACGUUCUGGUGGUCUGCUCCACCAGUAAGCCAGAAGAGAUUCCGGAGUCCCUAAGGAGGUACUUUACCAAGCGAUUGCUCAUCCCCUUACCCGAUGGGACGGCACGACACCAGAUAAUCAGCCAAGUGCUCUCGCAACACAACUACUGUCUCAGUGACAAGGAGAUGUCUUUACUGGUUCAGAGGACAGAGGGCUUUUCAGGGCUGGACGUGGUUCAGCUUUGUCAAGAGGCCGUGGUCGGCGCUCUGCACGGCGUUCCCGCCUCCGACCUGUCAGCCAUCCAUCCGAGGCAAAUGAGGCCGGUCUCCUUUCAAGACUUUGACAAUAUAUUUUGUAAAUUCCAGCCCAGCAUAUCACAAAAAGACCUCGACACGUACACGGAAUGGAAUAAAAUGUUUGGUUGUAAUCCGUGAAAGCGUCGAGGCGAUGGCGUGAUCCGGAACUUGGCUGGAAGAGUCCCAAACAACUCUUGAUGUGUUCAAGGGUUUUUGUCACGGACAAUUGACCGAUUGUCGUUCUGUACACGGUCCGAGUUACCGUCUGUGCUCGCUAAACGACGUGUACAGGCUCCUCCUUUUUGUAUAUACAUAUAUAUAUAAAUAUAUAUAUGACUA